CCAAAGAAAACGGCACACAUUGUUUUGUUAUCGGCCGAUGCUGGAACAGUCAAAAGUGGCUAAUCCGCAGUUGGUAAAGUAAGGAGCACGUUUAGAUUCUUUGUCCCUGAAGACAGACAUGGUGAAGAUCACUUUUCACCCAGUCGGCGGGCAGAAGUCCGAGAAGGAAAAUGAUGCAGAUAAAACGGAGAUUCUCAUACCGCAUCAGCACGAGGAAGAGGAGGAGCUCGUUCUCCCUCUCCAUCCCAAGAAGUCCCCCAUGAAUGGCCUCUGUUGUCUGACCUUUGGACUGGUGGUCUUUAUGUCUGGCCUGGUGCUCGCUUCUAUCUAUGUGUAUAGGUAUUACUUUAUACCUCAGAUUCCAGAGGAGAACCUGUUCCACUGCCGCGUGCUGUACGAGGACUCGGUCUACGCCCCGCUGCGUGGCCGCCAGGAGCUGGAGGAAAAUGUGGGGAUCUACCUUGAGGACAAUUACGAACAGAUCAGCGUUCCCGUGCCGCAUUUCGGUGGGAGUGACCCGGCUGACAUCAUUCAUGACUUCCACAGGGGUCUGACAGCGUAUCAUGACAUCGCUCUUGACAAGUGCUACGUCAUCGAGCUGAACACCACCAUCGUCAUGCCCCCCCGGAACCUGUGGGAACUGCUUAUAAACGUCAAGAAGGGGACCUACUUGCCGCAGACCUACCUGAUCCAGGAGGAGAUGGUGGUGACGGGCCGCAUCAGAAACACGCGGCAGCUCGGCGCCUUCAUCUUCCGUCUGUGCGGCGGCAAAGACACCUACCGACUGAAGCGCCGCGCCUCCAGGAGACGCAUCGAUAAACGAGCAGCCCAGAGCUGUCACCGAAUCCGUCACUUCGAGAACACCUUUGUGGUGGAGACCACCAUCUGCGAAGUGGCCUAGCUGGAGAGCAUGGAUCCUCCACCCAGUGAGAAGGCAUCUCCACAGCCACUGUAGCCCCCUUCUUCUGAUUUAUAUUCAUUUGCACUUUAAGUGUGGUAUUGUUUGUUUGUUCUCUCUGAUUUAGACCUCAACUGUAUUUGAGAUCUGACCGUUUUAAUUUUACUUUCCAUUUGUCAAAAAUGAUGUGAUUAAAGAAUUGUUAGAGUUAUUACCGAUUGUUAUUUAAAUGUGACCUGUUUGCACAAUCAUGCUGUUCUGUAUACUCUGGAGAGGCUGAAGCAUAUUCCCCAGGUGGAACAACAAAGGGUUUUUGUUGUCUGUGUGAGGGGAAAUAAUGGCUAGUUAUGUCUUUGUUUCCAUGUGUCACGGUGACUCUCGUUUCCUCUUGAAUUAUAGUGUACCAUUCACCUCGUGUUACAAACUCCCGAGUGCACUUUGUAAAAUGUGUGUGUGUACAAACCUGCCAUUCUCUGCAUGCACACGUGUGUUGCUGUUACGCUUUCAAAUUUCUCUCUCCGUCCUGAGAUCUUGAAAAUGUGCCGACUCUCUUUCCUCUUCAUUCGUACUGUGUAGGUAAUGUCCUUGAAAAGGCGGAGACAGCGGCAGAAUUCUGAUGGGUCCGUAUGCUGGUUCAGGUUCUUUGUCUUCUGGCGGUCAGACUUUGUGGGCGAUUUUUAUCUGUUCUCCAGCAGGACACCUUGAAUAGCUUCACAUUCAUACAUCCCAAAAGUAAUUAUAAAAGGACACAUUUGGGUUGAUCCUUCAUUUUUUCCUUAUUAAAAAAUGCCUUGUUAGAUACCUUUUAAUGGUGGCUGUUAUGUAGCUAUAUUCAUUCAUGUUUUUGCAUUCUGUAACUGCUUCUCUAUAUGUUGAAUGCAGAAGAACACACACCUAAGUAUCUUAACUGUAAAAUCUAUCAUGUAACGACAUCCACAUUCUUUAAACUUAACUUUCUUUAAAGUUAUAGCUAUGUUGCUGAACAUUACCGUGUCGGAAGACAUUUCUGCCCCUCUCUGGGCAGUCCUCCAAACGACUGGAUUAUCUUUAGAAAAUGAAAUGCUGCUAGUGUCAGACCCCCCAGGGAAACCAUGGCGCUUUGUUUGGGCGUGUGGGUUUGUUUGAAAUGGGACUCUGGGAAUUGGAGUAUGAAAACCACCCCACAGAUGUCGCCAAUACUACCAAAACCGAAAAAUUAAGGAUUGACACUAAGGGCCCAUUUGUGAUCAUGCCAAAGGAUUGUGACUGCUUUUCCAACUCAAAAAGCAGUCGCUACGAGGUUGCAAUACCUACGUGGGUCUAUUAAGUCACUCUGCGACUUUCAUUUUAAUGUGUAGUUAUAUGUGUUCAUGCAUAUUGUAUGUAUACCUGUAGCGAAGGCACUAAAUCAGGGUGGAGAUUAAGGAAAUAAAGACCGUUAAAUAUUCCGUCUGAUUUCCUAAAGCGUGCGUUCGUUGCGACUCCCCUCUCUGCGGGAGGAUUUGUAGAACUGAAAGCCGGGUGUAAUUCGUCUGCGCUGGUAGAGCCUGUAGCUCACGCUGGAGGCUGGAGAAGCGUGUCGGGGCCCCAGACCUACACACAUCCACGGGCGUCAGAUGAGUUCACUGCAUGGGGGGGGGGAUUAACAAAUACACCAACUACAGCAUUACAUGCCAGAAAGAGGACCGUACUAAUAUUUACUCAUCUCUUCUAAUUCAUUAUAUUAUUGCCUUUUGGCAGACGCUCUUAUCCAGAGCGAUGUACAGUUAAUUAGACUAAGCAGGAGACAAUCCUCCCUGGAGCAAGGUUAAGGGCCUUGCUCAAGGGCCCAACGGCUGUGCGGAUCUUAUGGUGGCUACACCGGGGAUUGAGCCACCGAGCUUGCGGGUCCCAGUCAUGUACCUUAACCACUACGCUACAGGCCUCCCCCAAUUCAACUAAGUAGCUUAUGUGGCAUUAUCUUCGUAAGGAUGCGAGACUUCUAUGGUUAGGAUAAAGACGCAGUUUUGAAUUUAAGCAGUUGAUCUCAGUGUGUCUUCAGCAGGGUAUGACCGUCAGACGCGUGACCUUUCCCUCAGUUCUGGUGAAAAUGUAUGUUCACGCACCUGCAGCUCCUUGGUUUUUGUUUGUCCUUUUGUUGAUUUUCACUUCCUGCCCGUGUUUCGUCCGUGUUUCAGCUCUGCUCCUGUUGCGCUUUGAAAAAACGGCCCUCAGCCCUGCACGUCCAUUCCUCCAGGAACCUGUAGUCUAUUAAUAUGUUCUGAGACCACGUGAAGCCUUGGUUCAGAAACUGAACUAAAGUUAUUGCUGUUGUAAGAGAAUUUGUCAAUCUAUACCUUAUCUGUAUAUUUUGUCUGCUGGUAAAGCCUGUCUGAAUAAAUUAGUGAAAACC